AUGGCUACGCAAGUGAGCCGCGGUGGUACCCGCAAGAUCUCGUUCAACGUCAGCGAGCAAUAUGACAUCCUAGAUGUCGUCGGAGAGGGCGCUUAUGGCGUGGUGUGCUCUGCUAUCCACAAGCCCUCGGGCCAGAAGGUGGCCAUCAAAAAGAUUACACCUUUCGACCACUCUAUGUUCUGCCUGCGGACGCUGCGCGAGAUGAAGCUCUUGCGUUACUUCAACCACGAGAACAUCAUUUCCAUUCUUGAUAUCCAGAAGCCGAGGAGCUAUGAGACGUUUAACGAGGUGUACCUGAUUCAGGAACUCAUGGAGACGGACAUGCACCGCGUCAUCCGCACCCAGGAGCUGUCGGAUGACCACUGCCAGUACUUCAUCUACCAGACCCUGCGUGCUCUCAAGGCCAUGCACUCAGCCAAUGUGCUGCACCGUGACCUGAAGCCGUCUAACCUGCUCCUAAACGCCAACUGCGAUCUCAAGGUUUGCGACUUUGGCCUUGCCCGCUCCGCCGCCUCGCAGGAAGACAACUCGGGCUUCAUGACCGAAUACGUCGCUACUCGCUGGUACCGUGCGCCCGAAAUUAUGCUUACCUUCAAGGAGUACACCAAGGCCAUCGACAUCUGGUCCGUUGGCUGUAUCCUUGCUGAGAUGCUCAGCGGCAAGCCACUCUUCCCGGGCAAGGACUACCAUCACCAACUCACGCUCAUCCUCGACGUCCUAGGCACUCCGACAAUGGAGGACUACUAUGGCAUUAAGUCGCGACGCGCGCGCGAGUACAUUCGCUCGCUACCCUUUAAGAAGAAGGUUCCCUUCCGCCAGCUCUUCCCCAACACCUCGGAGCUGGCGCUCGACCUGCUCGAGAAGCUGCUUGCCUUCAACCCGGUCAAGCGUAUCACGGUCGAGGAGGCGCUCAAGCACCCGUACCUGGAGCCGUACCACGACCCGGAUGACGAGCCCACUGCCCCGCCGAUCCCCGAGGAGUUUUUUGACUUCGAUAAGCACAAGGAUACGUUAACUAAGGAGCAGUUGAAGAGGUUGAUAUAUAAUGAGAUUAUGAGGUAG